AGGUCACCAACGUGCCUGCUUCUGGAAAGGGGUGUGCACUGGGGAGGUCGGGGGCCUGUGUGCUUGGAUUUGCCACAAUUAGUUGGGUUGAAAUAAGAAACCGAAAGCUCAGGACACCCUGAGAAACCCUCUUGCCUUUUUUGGAAGGUGCUACUUAGCGAGGUAGGGAAAACCCCAGAUGCCCCAAAUCAUUUGAGGAGCUGGGAGCCGAAGAGGCAGAAGCAGCCGAGCCUUGUGCACAGUGCCCUGGGGCAGGAGACCCAUGGAGAAGUUUCGGGAGGUGUUGAACUUGCACCUCAAACACCGCAACGCUCUGGGCUACUGCCUGGUGAGCCUGCUGACGGCGGGCGGGGAGCGCAUCUUCUCCACCACGGUCUUCCAGUGCCCGUGCAGCGCCGCCUGGAACCUGCCCUAUGGCCUGGUCUUGCUGCUGGUGCCGGCCCUGGCGCUCUUCCUCCUGGGCUGCAUGCUGAAGGAGAGCAACUGCGGCGUGCUGACCGGCUGCUGCUCCCAGGGCUGCCGCGUGGGGCUGCGCAAGGCCUGGGUGUGCGUGAACAUCAGCGUCUCCGCCUUGGUGACGCCGCUCAUCUGGGUGUCCAUGGCGUUGCUCGGGGGCACCUUCUACGAGUGCGCUGCCAGCGGGACCAAGUUAGCGGUACGGUACCUGUGCGGGAACUCCACCUCGAGCUGCUCUGCCCAGCUGCCGCUGGUGCCCUGCCAGCAGGCCCAGGCGCCCGACGUGAAGCAGCUGCAGAAGGAGCUGCAGAGGGAGCUCACGGCGCAGUCGCAGAUAAUAGGCUGGAGCCUGAUAGCAAUUGUUAUCAUCGUCCUCCUGAUUUUUACAUCAAUCAAUCGAUGCUGCUCUCCAGUUAGUUACAUGCGGCUGAAAUUUUGGGAAAUCUAUUUGCAACAGGAGCAGCAGAUUUUUAAAAGUCAAGCCACAGAACAUGCAACACAACUGGCAAAAGAAAAUGUCAAAUGUUUCUUUGAGUGCUCACAGCCACAGGAAUACAAAACUCCAAGUAUUGAAGACUGGCAGAAGAUUUCAUCACUAUAUACUUUCAUUCCAAAGGAGCAGUACUACAGUAAUGCACAAAUACGUGAACAAAAACAGAAGAAUCAAAGUAGCACAUCUCAAGAAUAUGCAAUGGUUCCUGGUCUUGGCUUUGCAGAUUCAUCUGAUAUGAACAGCACUACAGACUUAUGACCUUGUUAAUGAAUGGAAAAGAAAGCUCUUCUGAAUUAUUGAUGCCUUUAAAAGAAUAAAUGUGGGUAUUGUUUAUGACUCCUCGGUUUGGUCUUCCAAGUUAUGGAAACAUAGAAUAUUAAAUA